CCCUUGCUUGUGAACGCGGUGGAGCAAACUGCCCGCUGUUUAACGAGAUGCACAAAUAAUUUGACGCAGCUUUGCGUUUAUCGCAUUUUAUCUAGUCAAGCUGAAAAUCGUGAAAAAGGAUGGCAGCGCUUUUUGUACGAGAUGCUCGUCCAACACGCUGGCCAUAGGUCGACACUGUCAGCGGACGAGUGGACAACUAUCAAAUCGACGCUCGUCAAAGAAAAGAAGAGAUUCACUUCCAACAAUUUCGAUGCAUCUGUCAUGCUCUGCCUUGCUUCCAAUGGAAAUUAUGACCUUUCAAGGUCUUUCAUCGAAUUUUUGCGUAGUACAGGCAACGGGCCGAGCAAUAUCACACUGUCGUACUACAUGUUGCAAUGUGAAGACGAAAGUGAAAUCAUCGCUUGCUACGAGAGCAUCAAGAAAAGAGGGACCAAUAUGUUGGACCCGCAAACUAGAGACAGAGUGGUGAAGAGUCUGUGUAACACAAAGCUGUGGAGAGAGAGUUUGUCCCUGAUAGACGAGUUCAAGAGCAUCUCUCUGCCAUCUGCAUAUACAUUAAUUGCAAUUUCCGAUGCUGCAUUUCGCGAUGGGGAUUUUGAAACUGCUUGGAAAAUGCUUCAAGGAGGCACUGAACUUCAACAGGACGAAGGUUCGAGUGCUAUGGUGGCUUGCGUUCAAGCUGCUACCAAACUUCUGGAAAACGGCAAAGCUGACGAAGCUAAAAUACUCAUAUCCAAGUUGUUACAAUUACUUUCAUGCAAGGAACUUGUGCCGUCAGAACAGGUAGCGGUUGCACUCAAGGAAUACUUCGAAAAGCAAGACAGAACACAGUGGCAGGUGACGUUUUCAGAGGUUAGCAGGCAAGGCACGUGCUCCUCUUGCAUGCGCAAAUUGGAACAGGAUGUGCUUACGGCAGAAGAAUUCGCAGAGCUGCGUUCUGCCGUGUUAAACAGCGUAAUGAAAGGCUUCGACCUCUUCAUCAACACGACACCGGAGGAGCUUAGUGCAUUCGAAAGCUUUAUGCGGAAGAGAGACCCGUAUGAUGUUGUUUUAGAUGGACUAAAUGUUGCAAUGCAAGGGACAAGAACUCCAAAAGAAAGGGCCAUGAUAUUGCUGAAGGUUGUAGAGCACUACGCUAAACUCGAAGGGAAGAGGGUCCUCGUGAUUGGUCGGAAGCACAUGAUGUCGUGGCCGCGGAAUACGAUGCGAAAAAUAAAUGGCCUUGCAACGUGCUAUUUCACCGAAGACAUAUCGGAAGACGACCCGUUUCUCCUGUGCGCCGCCGUUUUGUGCGGACCCCACGCGGUCGUCGUUUCUAGGGACCUUCUCAGAAACCACAACUUCAAGCUCAAGAAUGUUGGCCUGAACUCGGUUUUUCAAAGAUGGCAAAAAAGCCACCAAGAAGUGCUUUUCUGGAAUUCUGGAAAAAUGACAAUUCUGAAACCUCCGCAGCACCGGCUGGUUGCACACGGAAGCGACAGAGAAGGCUGGCACAUACCGUACAGCAGUGGGGUGGAACUACAGCCGUACGAAAUUCGAAGGACUUGGUUGUGUAUCAGGAGGAUGGCAGAUGACAACAAGCAGUUGGGUGCAAGGAGGAAAUUGGUUCCCUCCACAGAUAGAUGACUAUGUAGAAACUGUGUAAUAUAGGUACUGUGGCUGUACAUACAGAGUGGACAGUUCAGCAUAGCGAAAAUAAUUUAAAUUGCCAUAACACACGUCGAAUGUGGUGAUCUGUAUGGGAUUACGUCAACAUGAAGAGUACUGUACUGAACUUACAAGAAUUGCUUGUAUACUUAGUAUGUGUGUGUAUAUAAUAUGAUGUGUUUCUUAAUGAAUUACUGAUACAGGGUGAUGCACAAUUUUAGGAGAAACUUGCACACCUGAAUAACGUAGUAAAUAUUACAACCCUUGAACUAUGCAAUGCUACGUUGUACUCUCACAUAAUGCGAUUGAAAAGAGAAAAAACCAAACCAUAAGAAACUGGAUGCUUUACACUUUAUGAGUGCACAAAUGAUUGUGACCAGAUGAUUGAACUAACAACCACUUUACUUGAAUGAUGAUUGCAUCAGAUUCUGCUUUGCUAAUCCUAUCCUCCAAAGCAACUCUUGGGAUUAUGGAAAGCCCAAAGGAAGUGUAUCUCACAAAUCCAGCACCACACGUUAUACUCAUCGUGCAAGAACACAAGGCGCAUGUUGAGCAAACUGUAAAUACAUUUUAUUCCAAUGGCUCCUGCAUAUAUUGCAAACACAAUUCAGUAUGACAAUCACAUACCUCACAAUGAGAUUAUAACACCGGACAACUGAGAAAGCAGCUAUAUUAUCAUUUGUUGCUGUAUUGAUUGAACAUGUCUUCGUACACCAGAAAAACGAUGGUAUAUUUCUAUAUUGCUACGCUAAAACAGAAAACCAGUGCUAACAGAUCUUGAAUUCCUGCUAAAUAAAUGCCGAGAUACCAGCUCCUGCACAAAAAUAUUCUAGGUCUUCAAACGCAUAAAAUGAACUAUAGAAAGUAUACUCGAAAAACAAUAAGGUCAACAAUAACAUGAAACAUGUAUAUAUUGGAAAUGGCAAUCAAAAGGCAGAUGGGUACUGGCGGGACUGCGCAAAAUAACACACUAUGGCCGAGAAGCGCUUACGAACUGCCUAUGCGACAUAUACGGAAACAAAAAGAGAACAAAA